CUGCUCCUUAAUAAAGGAGCCGAUAUUAACGCGCAAGGCGGAGAGUACGGCAAUGCUCUGCAGGCUGCCUUAUGUAAAGGCCGCCGAGAGGUUGUGCAACUGCUGCUAGAUAAAGGAGCAGACGUCAACGCGCAAGGCGGCCGGUACGGCACUGCUCUACAGGCUGCCUUAUAUAAAGGCCAUCAAGAGGUUGUGCAACUGCUACUAGACAAAGGAGCAGAUAUCAACGCGCAAGGCGGCCGCCAGUAUGGCAAUGCUCUACAAGCUGCCUCAUUUCGCGGCAGACAAGAGGUUAUGCAGCUGCUCCUUGUAAAAGGAGCAGACAUUAACAGGCAGGUCGGCUAG